AUGCCUUAUUCCACUGGAUCAACUGACUCAGGUUAUUGCUGUGGUCUCAAAUCAAAAUACGCCGCUGAUGGAUCAACAACGACAAGUUCCGAUCGUGCGACUAGCAGCAUUACCGACGAUGAAGAGCCGCUAAGAUGGGCUUCACGUCGUGGAACGUCGUUCUCAAGAACCACAAGGGGAAAGUCGCGCCGACUACGCAAAAAGGCGUUGCCGCCAAGUGACACGAGUUCACGUUCAAGCUGCUCAAGCAGUGAAUUGAAUUCGCUGACCGGUGAAGAGGAACGUCGUCACACGUUAUCGCGUGAAGACAUUAUCAAAAAGAUAUACUUCUACUUCCAGUCGUUAUUAGUAACGAUUCGACGUCAGCAAAAGUUCUUCGAGCAAAUCGGUGGUCUGAUGGCGGACGCAGAUGCUCGUUGGGGUGCUGGCGGACUACGCAAAGGUUGGGUGGAUCCGGCUGGAUGCUUUGCUCCUUAUGGUUUUGGGGAUCGAUCAAAGCCCACUGUCUUCCCGGGAUGCUGGGCUGUACCGCAUCCAGCGGUACAUCUUGCUCUAUUGGCAUCUAAUCUACGCGAUUAUUUGGAGUUCUUAGGCUGGUUGUAUCCGGGUGUUGUUGGUCGUGGCGCUGGUGGUGCGACUGCCACGGCUGCACGUGCUGCAGCUCCCAUGGAUGAUGUAUCUCAACAACGUGCAAGAGCACCGGAACUUGGUGUUUCGGAUGAUAUACUGCCGAUUUUGAUGCAAUUAAUGCAACAAAUGGGACCAAUGAACGGUAGCGGAGCAGCCUCCGCACCGACGACACCGAUGGACGAAGCGAUGCUGAGGCAGGAAAAGAUGCGACAACAUCUUCAGCAAACACCUGCAGCUCAAUCUACACCAGGCUGGAGUGUGCAGCCGGCGUUGAUGCAGCAAUUGGUGACGCAGCUGAAUCAGAUGCAAUUCGCACAACAGCAGCAGCAACAGCCGAAUCAGCCAACACCUGCCGCUGUAGCAGCACCGGUUAUCGUCAAGAAGACGUCAGUAGGAGGUACCAGCCAGGAAUUCUAUUCGGCUGUGGUUGCUCGGCGUUCGCCGACAUAUGGUGAACCGGGCGGUGGGUCAUCGAAGUCAUCAGCCUCAUCCUCGACAAUGGCACGGCAUCCUGCCGUUUCGAUGAAGUCGGAUCGAAAAGCUCGUACAACUCCACCGACGACCGUCGAGAGUGUACCUCUGAAUACGACGGCGGCAACGACUGUGCCAUCGAUGAGGGAUGAUGUGAAAACGCCAUGUGGUAGGUAUAUUGUCAGCGAUUAG